UAAAAAAAAAAAAAAAAGGCACAAACAGGUUUACAAAUAGCAGUCGCACCCCACUUCGCCCACUCUUCUCCUUAUUUCUCUCCCAUAUUACCCCCAACAUCAACUUCCCCCACUCCUCCUCCUUCAUCUUCUUCACUCCUUGUUCAUAUAAAUAUAUAAUCCUAUCUAUUUAAUCUUCAACAAUUAGCAAAAUCUUUUGUUUUUGAGUUUUUCUCUGAAACAUUUGCCGCCUUUUCGGAAGUAGUAAAGUUAUGGCGGAAGAUUUGGAUGAUGGUGAGUUCUGGCUUCCUUCGCAUUUUCUCACCGACGAUGAUAUUCUCAUGGAUUUUGAUUUCUCCGCUCCAAAAGUACCCAACUCGGGUUUGGGUUUUGUUGGUUACGGGUCAUCGUCUUCCAACUCGAAUUCGGAUUUGGAGUUAACUUCUGGUUGUACCGAAACUGAGAGCGACGAAGAGGAUAUCUUACUUUCUGGGUUAACCCAAAAGAUGGCUCACGUCGACCUACAAGAUUCUUCAUGUCCUGUUCACUCUAAGGGGUAUGUGCUGUCAAGUUCGCCGCAAUCGACGCUAUGUGGGUGUUUGUGCAACCAUGGUUCAAGCCGGGAAAGCCUAUCGCCGCCGCAAGCGCCGCCGCAAAACGACGACAAAAGCGACGACAACAACAGCAAAGAAAACUCCAACAACGCGACAUUAGAUCUGCUGAAUAAGGCGGCGGGUGAGGUGGCUAGAUUGAAGAUGAAUACUGAAAAAAGCACCGGAACUGGAUUCUUCGAUUGCAGUCAAAAAGGAGUUUUAUACCCUUCUCCUCUUAGGAAUCCUGACCACUUUCCUCCCAUUUAUUAUCAACCUCAAUUCCACCGUUUUCCUCCGAUGGUGUGGGCGCCGUCAAAUGGUGUGCAGUACAAUCAGGCAAAGCAGCAACAGCCGCAACCGUUGCCGCAAAACAGAGCAACCAAUAACAACAUGAGCAACAAUAAGAGCAACGGUAACAACAACAACAACAACAACAACAAUCGUCCUUUAGGGCUGCCGCCAUCUGCUUGGCCUACUCUGCAACAAGUUCAGGCCCAAAAUCAGGCCCAUCCGAUGCCGCCUCAGCCCAUGUUUGUUGGGCCCAAAAGGGAAUGUAACGGAACUGGUGUUUUCUUACCCCGUAGCGUUACCACCACCCCUUCUGUACCCCGCAAAAAAUCUGAUGGGAAUGCAACAAAGUCGUCAAAGACUGGAAAAGGUUCACAAUCACAGUCGAGCCACCGACGAAACGCUCGUGCUACAACCACCCCAACGGCAAGUAAUAAUGAGAUCAAGCUGCCUCAGGAGUGGACUUAUUAACACCCCUUGUUUUCCUGGGUGUUUUGGAAUGUUUGUUUCAUCGGUAGAUGGGGUAGAUGAUGACGACAACAACAAAGACGACUAGAAGUGAUGAAAGGAUUAGCAAAAUUAGGAUUAGUAAUAUAUAGACUAAUAGAUAAUAUGAUGCGUGAAGAAAAAUAAGAAUUUUGAAUAACUACAGGAUUUGGUGAUCAGGUAUUUCUGGUCUCCAAUGACAAAUAUAACUUAUAGGAAAUAUUAUUACUAAUGUUAUUAUUAUUAUUAAGUUUAACUUCAUGGGUUGGUGUUUUCUUGUAUCCCAUGAAGUUUGUCAGCAUAAUAAGAUCAGAAGAUCUAUUUUUUUCUUUCUUUUACUGGUGAUUUUUAAUUACUAAUUAUAAAACAUGUAGUAGUAGUAGUGAUGUAGUGGUGGUGUUGUAUUACAAUUUUUUGUGUUUGAUUUUGUGUCGAUUUAAUGUACAACCUUUCCGCGGAAGGUGUGGAUGGGCAAAAUCAAUAAAAACUGCUACUACUGCUUUUGUGAUAA